GCGAGCGCCCGUAUCUAUACCUGUAUCCUAUACCACAGGUGAUUGUACACCAAAUUGUACCUACAUUACUUACAUUUAAACGCGUCACGCACGCGCACGGCUUUUUCAUCCACGUAUUCGAGAAACCCACAUUCGUGUAUACAUAUACAUACCAUAUAUUAUACGUACAAAAAAGAAAUACACAAACACCGAAAUGGCUCAUCUCACUUAUCGCUCGAAAGAGAUAGGCAUCGCUUAUCUAAACCCGCGACAGAUAACACAGUGGCGGUAGAAUGUGUCAGCUUAGCCUCGCGUUGGCAACGCGCAAGUGUCUCUCCAGGUAUUGUAUUCUACGAUGAAUUUUUGUCUCUUUCUCUUACCACGGCAGUGAGUGCGCGUCGUUGAUUCUCGCAUUACCCCGGUGACAUGAAGCUCUUUUUUGAACAUUUUUCUGCCGAUCGUACGAAAAAUCUCCGGAAAAGUGUAUUGAUUGACUAAACCGAUUCGCAACUGCUGUUUGUUGCAUUUUCAUUGAGCCUGUGGCAGUGGAAGAGGUAAUGUCGCAGAGUCCUGCAAAUGAAACAGCGCGCACAGAGGAGGAGGAGGGCGUUGGACUGGCCGGGCCGGCCAACUCCCUGACGAUGGAAUCGAUAGAUUGCGGCUGCGCGCAGUACCGGCUCCAGGGACUGGCCAAGUUCGCGACGCGCCGGGUACUCCUCGCCCUAUUGUGCAGCAUCGGAUUCCUCCAGGCUGCCAUCCAGGCUUACUUUUACGUCGCCAGCGCCACCAUCUCCCGGAGGUUCCAAAUCGAUCCCCACGUCAUGGGAUGGGUGUUGUACGUGUCGGAUGUCACGCCUGUUUUGAUCGGGUUGGCGGUCGCGUACUGGGGAGACCGGAUUCACCGCGCCGCCUGGCUCGGUGGGCUGACGCUCCUGCAGUGCGCCGGACUCUUGGGAUGCGUGAUCCCUCGCAUAUCUCGCUGGGACGAACGACUUGUAGACACCGACGACACGACCCACGCUUCCAUAUACGCGGAAGACAGUCCCGAGCUGUGUUCGCCCAUGCUGCCUCUAAGAGCGAUCAACAAGGAGGACGUGCCGCGCUACUCGACCCUCUUCCUGGUCAUCGUCAUGCAGGUUGUCUCGGGAAUGGCCCACGUUGCUUACUGCGCCCUCGGGCUCUCCUACCUCGACGACAACACGAAGAAAGUGCACGUCUCGGCUUAUUUGGGCGUUGCGAUAGCCGCGAAGGUGCUGGGCAACGCCCUCGGCUACCUGCUUGGCUGGUCGUUGCAACGAAUAGACGCCGACGAUCUCAGUUCCGUGAAAUCGUAUCGGGAUCAGUUUGGCGCGUGGUGGCUCGGCUGGCCGAUCUUCGCCGUCCUACUGGCCAUCCCCGGCGUCCUAAUGGCCAUUUUCCCGAGAAAACUGCCAUCCGAGAUGGUGGAGCAGGCGGCAGCCACGAUACUCCACGAAUCCGGUACGUUGAGGAACUCGCGCAGGUUGGCGUCGAUAAAGGUCGGCAGUACGGCCUUCGUACCCUCCCUGGCGAGACUCGUGACCAACAAGAUCCUCGUGUGCAACGUCCUGGCCGCUGUCUUUGUUCUUACGGCGCUGGUCAACUUCUCCGCCAACGAGAACGUCCUGCUCGAGUCGAGGUUCCUCGCGCCACGGCCCACCGGCCGGCUCCUGGGCUUCGGGGAUCCUCUGCUCUCGCGGCUGAUCGCGACAAUGACGAGGCCACUGUUGAUUGGACUGGCGAUAGUCGUGGCUGGUUUAUUGAUCAGACGCGCCAAGCCGGGGUCAAGGACCUUGGUGAUUUACAGCCUGGCAGUGCUGCUUUUGUCGGCUCUCGUCGUGCUCGGGCUCGCCUUCAACGACUGCGAAAAAGCGCGCAUCCGGGGCUUUCCCAACAGAGGAUCGGUCUCUCCGAGGGAGUAUUGCAACAAGGACUGCCAGUGUACGCGAGACGCGGACUUUCGUCCCGUGUGCGACAGCAGAGGCGAGUGGACGUUCUACAGCCCCUGCCACGCUGGCUGCACGUCCAUGGAUAACCAAUACGGCACUCAAGUAUACUACAACUGUUCCUGCAUCGGAGUUGAAAAGGGCGACGCUAGAGAUGGGCCGUGCGACUCGGACAGUUGUCAAGCGGGCUGGCUGAUACACGAGAUAAUGACGAUGCUGGUGUACGCCGCGGUAGCUUCGACGGUGGUCGGGGAUCUGCUGGUGGUCCUGCGAAGCGUCAACGUCCAGGACAAAGCGCUGGCGAUCGGCUACGGGCUGACUAUCUUGGGCCUCCUCGCCUACGUGCCGGGGAAGAUCGGGUACGACAAACUCGUGGAAUCCACCUGCUGGCACUGGGGAUUGAGCGUUUGCCACCUCCACCGGCCGAGCUUGGCCAGUUACCUGUGCUUCUUGACGGCCGGAUUGAUUUUUCUUGGGGCUCUGCUCAAGGUGGCCACCUGGCUGUUCAGCAAGGAUCUCGAGAUUUACGACCCCAUCGAGGAGGAAAGACAACCCGAGCAGACGGAGAUGGUCAAUGUGGCGAGAGCCCAGGCCGAGCCAUUGCUCCAGACCCAUGACCCAUCGCCUUGGGAAGGAACACCAAGAGACGAUCAGGAAGAAGCAGGUCCCGAAGUUGGCUCGUUGGAUCCGGAAAUCGCGGUGGAAAACCCCUUGGGCAAGGCUAACGGUCCAGUCGCGAGUGUGAGCGACGAAUGGGAGUCCUCGGGAAGACCAGAGUACGGACAGCAGUCCAAGGGGGCAGCGGAGGAGCCCAGCACCGACGAGGAUAGUUCAGACGACGGUCGGAGCAAGCGAUCGAAAGUCUCGUACAGACCUCUGGAGCUGGAUUCGGAUGGCGGGAGCGAGUCCGAAAAGCCGUUGCCGACUUCGAGCCUGGACGAGCUGAGCAGGCCUCCACAGAGAAUCCAGCCGUCGGGCGAGAGGCGCUUUCCGAAUCCAGAAAACUACGGCGACCCAAGACUAGCCAGGUCCUCGAAGCACAACAGUCCGCAAACUGGGACCAGCGGCUCCCAGGGGGAGCGACCGGUGUCGAAAGGCGACUUCAACGAGAUAGGUAUUCCACUCGUCAAUUCUUACGAACCAAAGGUCGAGGACUCUACAAAGGGAUCGCUUCGGUCGCCAAUGGUGAUGGUCGCGACGCAACAUUUGGACGGAACUCCCAGUGGCGAGUUGUUGGAUGAAAAUCGUUUUGCUUACCGAUCUCCGAUGACGAGCUACUACGAGGAGAUGGAGGAGAACCGGAAUUUUCGGCUAAGGAAGCUGAUGCAACCCGUGGAGUACCCUUCGCCUUCGCGGGAUCAAGCAUCUUCUUCUGGUUUUGGAAGUUUUCAGGAUCUACGGGAUAGGUUGAGGCUGCACGAUGACGCGUCAGACUCCAGGGGGAGUUUGAGCUCGAAAACUUCGGACUCUGAGCCACCAAAGAAUAAGGGUAGCCCUCUGUGCACGAAUUUGUGAGGGUGUCAAAGAUUUUCAUCGAGCGUCCAAGGCUUUUUGUACUUUUAUACAAAGAUAAUCUAGCCCAUUAUUGCCCUGUAUUUGACAAGUUGUUCAUGUCGUACAGUUCUCUCAGAUCAGUCGCCAAGUAUAUACACAUGAUGCGUUUUUUAUAUUUAUAUUGUAUUCAAAUAAACAAUCCACGAUCA